CCAAUCAGAGAGAGGGAGGAAGAAUGCGAAAAAACUACACUUCCCAGAAGGCCCGCGGGCUCCUUUCCCCUUGAUUACAAGAUGUCUACUGUGAGCCGAAUAGUAGCAUAUGUGAAAAACGCAUGGGGCAAGGAACCAGUGCUCGUAAGCUCCAUAGUCAUUGCUGUUGUGGCUGGAACACUGCCAUGGGUGAGCCCCUAUACUCGUUAUAGUGUAUUAAUGAACGAGGCCAUGCCGUAUCACUACCCAGUCCCAGUUCGAGAUGAUGGCAAUAUGCCAGAUGUUCCCGCUCACCCCUGUGACAAGGAAGGUGAUCUACUUGAGUGGCUGAAGAAAUCCUGAGAUGUAGCGGAGAGCUACCAACGAAGAAGCAGAUCCGCUCCCCAGAAGGUUCCCCUGCCUUGGUUGUACGUGUGUGCUGUUCCCAGGGGGCAAUAAAUUUCCUGUUGAACCUAAAA